AUGUUUCCCAACAACCAAAACCCAUUGGACCCGAACAAUCCGUUUUGGCAAACUUUGCAAAACAACGAGCAAGAGGACCGGUAUCGCCGAGACCCGCGUACGGGUGAGCUUGGAUAUUAUCCAAUGCCACCAAGCACCCCAACUUCUCCUCAUCCCACCACUCCACCGAUGCCCGGAAACGACCAAGACUUGAAAGUGUUUUGGGGUCGUAUACAUGAGAAGUUUUUCGCUGCAAUGGGUCGUGGCGAAUAUCGAACACCCAACUCUUUUUCGGGAAAGUGGGGUGCUAUGAGGACGAAGGUUACCAAUUUCAACAACAUAUAUACUAAUCUCGUCAACAGCAGUCGAAGGAAAAGUGGUGCGAGCGACGUCGAUGUCAUGACCCAAGCCCACAACGACUAUAGAUUGUACCAUGGGCAUGUUUUUACGUUGGUAAGCACAUGGGAGCUUCUUCGCGAAUCUCCCAAGUGGCAUCUUGUACCACCGUUCGACCCAACCCGCCCUAGAUCUAAACGGUCCAAAUUGACAUCCACCACCGAACCAUCAGGGUCCGAUGUUCGUACAAUAAUUAAUCUAAACGACGAUGCUGACGAAUUUGAAGAACCAGAAGAGCUACCUCGACCAACUGGUAGGCAUAAAAGUAAGGCAGUGGCACGUGGAAAGUCUUCUACAACGCUAUCAGAUGGCCCGUCAAAGUUGAGCGACUUCAACGCAAGUCUCAACAAUCUAAUCUCCAAUAGGGAAAAAGACCAACAAAUGAUAAUGGAGAAACAAAUCCAAAAAGACAUGGAUUUUCUCGCAAGAGAUUUGUCAAAUCUACCAGAGGAGAACCGAGUCAUUUUGAAGGCUCGUAAGGCACAAAUUUGGGCAACAUAUAUGUAG